CAGAGUUUUGUUUUUUUUGGGGGUUUUUAUUAGGGUUUUUACUUUUCAGAGAAGACCAAAAACAAGAAGAAGAAGAACCAUGGUUGUUGAAUUUUCUUGAUAAAUAGAAGAAGAAAAACAAAAUUCAGGGUUCAGACAAAAUUCAGGGUUCAAAUCAAUGGGUGGGUUUGUUCUGAUCUCGUUACUACACAGUGUGAUAGCAAUAACAACUGGGGUUCUGAUGAUGUUCUACUCAAGAGAAAUCUAUGAAUUUGGUCAUGGAAUUGAAACAGCUAAUAAGUUACUAGGAUCAAAUCCACAUGAUCAGUUGUUGAUACAGACAUCAGAUUCGUUUUCUGGGUUGUUAUUAUGUGUGAUUGGGAUUUUCUUGUUCAUGGUUGCUUUUGUGAAAGAUGUCAAGUUUCAGAGCUUCUUUGCUAAAGGUUGUGUGUUGAUUCAUGUGGUUACUGCUGUUUGGAGGGUUUAUUUUGAGAGGAGGCUUGAAGAUCUUGCUUGGGAUUGGCCUAGACAGGUUGUUGGUGAUAUUGUUUUAGCUGCUUCUUGGGGCAUUUUUCUUCUCUACUCUUGGAGAGAAAAGUAUGAUUAGGGAUUCAAGAGUCAGUUUGAGCUGCAAAUUGAUGAAUUAGACCAGCCAUGGAUGAAGAUAUCAACGAUUGAAGGUGAAGAUUGGGGAAUUUUGGUGACAGAAUGCAGUUUGGGGGGUUUGUGGGUAGUAAAAUUUAGGGGUUUGAUUGAAGAAACACAAAACUGUAGUUGGGGUUUGGUUUCUUUUAAUGGUUUUCUGUAAAUUUGCUCUUCCAAUUUCAUAUAGUGAAAGUGAAAAUAUAUGAUAUUUUUCUUUUCUGUGAAUUGAAUUGAUUUGAUCAUCUUGUGUAUAUGUUUGCGUUUGUUUGAU